AUGACUGAGCCCGUCGAAGUCAGAGAUUCUGCUCAGUCCAAGCCAGUGCAACCCCCAAACAAUCUUGGCCAGGAAGUUGAUACAGAUCCGACACCUGGUAACACCACUACUUCCCCCACAUCAGGACCAGCACGCAAAUAUCUGACCUUGAAGCCCCUGAAGAAGCUCGAUCUGCCUCAUCACCCGUCACAUGAUAAUGCUAGUUCAGAUCAUCAUGUCACUUUAGCCCAGUUCCUCGACGAUAUUCUCAACGAGGUACAAGGAAUCAACUUUGACGAAGGGUUUGAGAAGCGUGGAACCUGGAGCCCCGACAAUGGACACGUGAUGAUGCCGCCACUGAAUGCUACAGGGAGCAGCGAUAUGGUUCCAGUCCCAGUCUCGGUCGAGAAGCGUAUCAAAGACUUGAACCAAGCCAGUUGGAUGGCUAGAACCUCCACCCACAGCAACGCUCAUGUCAAGUUCUCAGAAUUGGGAGAUCUUUUGGCGAAAGAUCACAGCCGUAACGAAGCUGCAUAUACCCCGAGUGUUUUCGAUGCGGUUGAGCUAUUGAGAUGGGAUCCUGAAGAAGCGUCGAGAGCCGUGAAUCACCACAAGGAGGUUCAUAGCGUGGAAAUGUUCAUAGUCACCAUGAACAAGUACGAAGGAGAAAGCCCCUCCGAGCUCGCUUCGUCCUUUACUGUUCAGCUUCCAAUUGAUUAUGCAUCAUUCGGCGAUGUCAAGAUCAUGCAAGAGAGGAGUCGGAUGGAAACGAAAGGAUCUUCGCAACUCUACCGAUUCCCGUCGAAUAUCGGGCCAGACUCAACACCUGACGCAAAGCAGAAGCAGCGUCAGGGGAAGAAGUUGACAGAAGGAACCUACGUCUCGUUGGAGAGGCUAAUUGGCGCAUCGAGAACACGUGGUGAUGAGGAUGCUGCGCAGCAAGCAGAGUCGCCCGAUAGCGACCGUCAUCGUUGGGAUAUGAUGACGUUGAGUACCGCGGGGGGCAUGCCGAAAAAGGCACCAAAGGGCAUCCAACAGAAGGAAACAUUGGAGGCGAUUGCGAUGGACGUGGAGUAUGUUCUGUCGUAUAUCGCGGAUCAAAGACGGAAGAGCAAGACUUGA